AUGUUGGAAAAGAUUGGUUCCAAAUUCACUUAUAGAACAUUUGUUGGAAGUUCAACUAAUAAAAAUGAAGCUUGUGAAUUAUGCUAAUAAACUUUUGAUUGGUAUUAUCUAGUUUCAAUUAUUAAAGGAAACACAAAUAACAUUAAUGCAAAAGAUGUCUUAGAUAUGUCUGCUAUAAUUGUGGUCCUGAUAAAGCAAUCAUUCCAUCUCAUGAUUUAAAAACCCCUCAUAGAAUUUGUAAGAAUUGUAAAGAUGAUUCAAAACAUCAAACAUAGUAGAUGGAAGUAGAGAAAUGCAAGUUUGGAUAAUUAUCUGGAAUAGGAAAAAGAUGGGCUUUUUUAGCUUAAGGAGAUGAGUAUUAUUUUAUAGAUUUUUAGUAUUGUAAUAGAGAAAGUAUAAGAAGAAUAUUAAAAUUAAUUACCUAAGAUUUUGAAUAAUUCUAGUAAUGAAGCAAAAAAUUAAAUAUAAACAAAUCUAUAGAGAUAUUAUAAGGAGGUAUUUGUAUCGAUUAUAAUCGAUUUUAGAAUAAGAAAACUUUAAAUUAUUCUUUAUAUGAUUGGAAUUAUAAAAUGUGUGCAGGAGAAUAGGAAAAUUCUAUAUUGACAAAAAUAUCAAAUGUUUUACAUUGUUUUUUUAAAUCCAAUCCUGUAAGAUUAACAAGAAAUCUAGUCUUUAUAACAACUUAUAUCUUAUAUUUUUGUGAUGAAGCUAUAUGUUUAACAUUAUUAUUGUUUUUACACUAAAAAGUAUUACCUUAAAGAUUUCAAUAUCAUAAAUUAGAUACAGAAGAAAGUAAACCAAUUGAUUAGGAAGUUAAAUUCUUAAUGGAUUGUAUGAGAGACUAAUCAAAUACUACAAUUGAUUCUCUAAUUAAAUCAAAAAUUAAAGUAUUUUUAGAUACUUAUUCAUCUGAUAUCUUAACAACUCUUAUGUUUAAUCAUAUAGAAUUUUAUGUAGGAUAUUUUCUCUUUAAUCAAUUGCUUAUCAAUAGAGAUGUAUAUAUAUAUUCUAUUGAAAUAGUUUUCUAUUUAUGAGAAAUUCUUAGCAAAUAUUUGUUUGGAAUUAUAGAAGAUUUUUGCAGAUGCAUAAAUUGAUGAAAUACCAUUCUAAAUUAUGAAGAAUAUUUAAUUAGAAUAAUUGACUACUUUCUUAUAAUUUGAAGAUCAACAGAAAAGAAAGCAUAGAACUAGUUUAACGAGUAAAGAAUAAUUAAGUUAAUAAUCAUAAAUAUUAAUUCAAUAAAAAUAAUAGGAUUAGAAAGAAUAAUAAUAACAAUAAAGAUCAUCAAUUAAUAAUAGUUCAUUAGAAUAUCUGUUAGAUUCAUUUAUUGGUCUUGUAAAAGAUAAUUCUAAUUCUAAAAUUGAGUCUGUUAUAUCAAAUGAAAAAUAUGAUGUCAAUAAGAUUUAAAUUAAAGAAUUAUAUUAAGCAAUUAAAAAGCAAAAAGAGGAACUGUUAAAUUUAAGAAAUUCAGUAACUUAUACAAAAUAAGAUUAUGAUAUGGAAUCUGAUGCAUAUAAUUCAAGAAUAUCAAGAAGUUCAAUUAAAUCAGAUAAUGCUGAUAAAUAUUUGAUUUAAAUAUAAGAAAAGAAUAAUAUGAUAAGUGAAUUAGAAGAAAAAGUAUAAUAAUAAUAAUAAUUAAUUCAAAGAUAUAUUGAUUAGCAAUAAUAAUUAGAAUUAGAUAAUUAAUCAAUUAAAAAUAAUUUAAAUGCUCAAUUAAAAAAUCAAUAAAAUAAUUAAUUUCUUAAUUAAUAGUUAGAAGAAUAAUAAGAAAACAAUAUGAAAAUUUUUGAAUAAAAGGAAGUUAAUUAUAGAAAUUAAAUUUCUAAAUAGCUUUCAGAAAUAAGCAAUUUAAAAUUUGAAAUUAACAAUUUAUAAAUUUAAUUAUAAUAAAGUUAAAAAAAUAAAACUGAAUUCGAAACAUAAUUGAAAGAAAAAAUAAAUAGUGAAUAUGAAUAAGAAGUCUAUAGAUUAACAGAAGAAAGAGUUUCAUUAUUAAAAAAAACAUCUAUAUUAUAACAAUAAAAUUAAUCUUUGAAUAUGAAAUAUGAAGAAAAGGAUUAAGAAACACUAGAAUUAAAGAAAUAGCUUGCUGAAUUAAAAAAAAAUGCUGAAGAAAUGAGUUAAUUAUGUGCAAGAAAAAAUGAAUAAACAGAAAAAUUAAAUAAACAUAUAGAUGAUUUAAAUGUACAAAUUUUAGGUUUGAAAAGAAAAGAUUUUGAUUAAAAUUUUAAUUAAUCUCCUGUUUAACCUAAUAUUACUAAAGAAUUAUAAGAAAAUAAUAUAUAAAUUAGAAAUAAUCUUCUAUAGAAAGAAAAAGAAUUAUUUAAUUUAAAAUAAAAAUUUGUAGAAGUCAAUCAAUUAAAAAUUGAGUAUUUUGAUUAAAUGUAAAAUUAUGAAAGAAUUAAUAAAGAAAUUAAUUAAACAUUAAAAUAAUAUGAGGGUAAAGAAAUACAUUAAUUAAAAUCUUUUUAUGAAGAAAAGAUUUCAUUAUUAGAAUAAACACAUGAAGAAUAAAUGAAUAGAUUAUUAUCAUAAUUUUAAUAAAAUCCUCCAAAAGAAUAAGAAUAAAGAAAUACAACUUAAUAAUAAACAUUUAGAGAAAGUUAACAAUAAUAAGAAAAGUAAAUAAUUGAUGAACAACCAGAUAAUUAAAAUAUUGGAUAAACUGAUGAUUGCACAAUAUUCUGA